AUGUAUCGAUUUGCGGUGUUGGGUUUGGCGGCAUUGGGCCAGGCAAGAGUGUAUCAGAGGGAUACGUAUACAUCUGUUUCUACAUACACCACUACGUGCACCGAAAAUGGCACGGCGGUGGUUCACACUCAUUCCGAACUGGUAACGAUAACUGAUAAUUCCACGACUUCUACUACGGCAUCCGUGGAUGCCAACACCACACCUGCAAGCUCUAAUGCUACGAUCACAUCACCCGUCGCGGGCCCAGCGCAAGACAACUCCACGGUUACUGCAUCGCAGACACUGAGCUCGAACGCCACCAUUACUGCUGGACCAGUCGUCGCCGAUCCGACAAGCUAUACUACCUACACUACCCUAUGCACGGAGAACGGUACUGAAACCAUUCACACCCACUCCGCUGUCGUCACAGGAAAUGCCACAGCGGACGCAACAAGUGGUUUCCCGAGCAAUUCCGCCAACGCCACCAUUACAAGCGUUGACCCUAUUGCGACUGGCAAUGCGACUCUGGGAGGCAAUAUCAACGCCACUACUCCUGCGGACACGAGCUACACGACGUACACAACCCUUUGUACCGAAAAUGGCACAACAACUAUCCACACUCACUCGGCUAUUGUUUCGGCGAAUGCAACCGUGACUGCUAGCAGUGAUCCAACAAACUCUGCUAAUGCCACUGUCAGCGCUGGUCCAAUUUACUCUGCAAAUGCUACUGCAACUGCUGGCCCAACUGGCACGGGAGUCUUCGCACCUGUCGUCACAAACGCCACUACUCCCGCUGCGACGAGCUAUACCACUUACACAACUUUGUGUACCGAGAAUGGCACCACGGCAAUUCACACGCACUCUGCGGUUGUUUCUGACAACAGCACUUCCACCGUGAGCGCAGACCCCAUCAACUCGGUGAAUGCCACGAUAAGCGCUGGCCCAAUCAACAGCGUAAACGCCACGACCACGGCUGCACUCGCCGAUCCAACUUACAUCAACGCCACUACGCCGGCGAUUACGGGAACUGGUGUCAGCGCUCUGCCGACAAACAGCGCGAAUGCCACAACGCCGUACGAGAGCAGCUUCACCACAUACACGACCACGUGCACUUCCAACGGCACUGCGGUAGUCCACACCCACUCUGCACCAGUGACCGACAACAGCACCUCCCCAACGAUCAGCGCUGGUCCGAUCAAUUCAGCCAACGCCACAACAACUCUCGACCCAAGUGCAGAGCCCACGAACAGCGCCAAUGUCACGGCCAGUUUCCCAAUUGUAAACGCAACUACACCAUUGAUCACCGGUACUGGCGCCAGCGCCGGCCCGAUCAAUUCGGCGAACGCCACAACUACUCUUGACCCAAGUGCAGAGCCCACCAACAGUGCCAAUGUCACAGCCAGCCUCCCUAUUGUGAACGCAACUACACCAUUGAUCACCGGUACUGGCGCCAGCGCUAUCCCAACAGACAGUGCAAAUGCAACCGUUGCCUCUUCGACUGCACCAAUCAGUGCUGGCCCACUAUACAGCGCGAAUGGCACCACAGAUGCUGCUGGACCCACGGGCACUGGCAGUGAUCCUACAAUCACCAGCUCCCCAGUCAGCGCGAACGGGACAAGUCUUGCGGACAACACUUACACGACAUUCACGACCACAUGUACUACCAAUGGUACGACUGAAGUCCACACCCACUCCGCUAUCAUUACCGACGAUCCGGCAUCCAACGCCACAACAACAGUCAGCUCCUCGAUCCCCAGCAACAGCGCCAAUGCGACAACCACAGACAGCGGAAGCAUUACUCUUCCUACCGACUCCAUCAUCGCUGCCCCUAGCUCUGGAGUCCCGGUCAACAGCGCUAACUCUACCACUACGCUUGGAGAUCCUACCACGACUGGUUCGGCGCCCAUCACUAACCCAACAUCCGCCGUCUUCGGCAACACCACCACAAGCUCUGAUGUGCCAGUGGCCAGCUCCGGCGUGCCAGUCAACAGUGCCAACGCUACUACUACCCUUGACGGCUCGACCACAUCCGUUUCCAUUCCGCUUACUGGCCCAACGACUAUCGUCCUUGGAGGCGACUCCACCACGAGCUCGUCGGAAGCCAGCGCGACUGUCCCAGCUAAUAGCGUUAACGGUACGGCGACUAGCACUUCCGCCUCUACACCUGCUGCCGACCCUGCUACAGUCUCGGCAUCCGCCAGUGCCGAUAUCCCUGUCAACAGCGCGAACGCUACGACCGUAAUUGGUGGUUCGACCACCUCUGUGUCUAUCCCGUUGACUGGCCCUACCACGAUCACGCUUGGGGCUGUUUCGACUGUGUCAAGCCUUGAUGUUGCCUCUGCGUCGGCCUCAAACUCGGCCAACAUCACCUCCGUCGCUGCUACGACGACAUCUUCCGAUCUGGCAUCAAUCUCUGCCACCGAUGCGAGCGGUGCCUCCGCCUCUGUCUCCGUGUCGGUUUCGGCCAACGUAACUUCGACAUCUACGUCAGCUACUUCGACAGCGACGCCUGCCAACAACCUCGUCUGCCCAGGCAGCAAUGGCGGCAACUACACCGACGCUGUGGGUAGUGUGUACUCCAUAGCUUGUGAUCAAUCAUACACUGGCCACAAGAUUGCCAGCUCGCUCAAGAUCCGUGAUAAUAGUGCUUCAGUCACCUCCUGCAUGGCUUCCUGUGACGGUAAUGCGGACUGUAUGGCCAUCACUGUCACCUCAGGCGAGUGUCAGCUCUUCAGCUCUGUUACUGGUUUGUCCCCCUUGACUGGAGCUACUGCAGCCUUGGUCGCUGCAAAGAACGGUACCAGCACGAACACUACCAGCUCGGACUCUACCAGCGCGGCCUCUGGCUCUGCAACAGUCUCUGUCUCUGCUUCAGCUACUGCAUCUCCGACACUCAGCGGAUCGGUAUCAGCCUCUCCCAGCUCCGUCGCUACAACUACUAGUGGCGCAUCUGCCUCUACCACCAUUAUCGGGGGUGCCGCGUCUGGCACAUCCAGCUCAGGCUCACUUGCGUCUACUGCGACGGCGAGUAAUGUUGCUGGACCUGCUUCAACCAGCUCCACAGCAAGCGUCACAGCUUCCGUCAGCACUAUCUCAGGAUCCACCGGCACUGCUUCGGCCACCAAUGUUGCCGGUCCAGCUUCAACCAGCACUGUGUCGCCUGGAACAGCUUCAACUGGAAUGUCCUCGGGUAGUUCGGCAUCCGCCAGCACUGCUGCGACAUCCUCUGCUUCGACCAGCAACGUCGCUGGCCCCGCCUCUACCAGCACUGUAUCUGCGAGCCCCGUCUCAGUCAGCUCUGCCUCAACCAGCAAUGUUGCUGGCCCGGCCUCAACCAGCACAUCGGUUGCUUCGGCUGCCACGUCAUCUUCUGCAAGCUCCACAGCGGCCCAGACCACAACCAGCCGGUCCACAAGCCAGACCAGCUCCUCCAGCACUAGCGCGCCAGUCACGACCUCGCAGACCUCAAGCUCAUCUAGUCCCUCUGCCGUCCCAACCACCACCUCUGCAUCCACAUCGUCUUCAUCUACCACCAGCCAGUCCCCAAGCACUCUUGUCACAUCCACGACAGAUCAGGCAUCCACGCCGACACCACCUGCGCCCGCACCUGCGCCCGCCCAGCCCCAGCCCCAGCCCGCCCGUCCCUUCGGCCCACCAGUCCAGCCUGGUCGCCCUGGUCGCCCAGGCCCUGGCAGCUUCGGCCCCGGCGCCAACGGUAGGCCCAGCUUUGGUCCUCCCGGAUUUGGCCAAGGCAACCGUGGUCCUGGCUUUGGAGGGAACCAAGGUCGUCCCAGCCAAGCCGAGAUCCAGUCGAUCGCCGGCCAGAUUUCAGGAUUCUUCAACAACUUGUUCGGCGGCGGUCGUGGUCAGGCAUCCGGUGGUCGCGGCCAUUGA